AUGAAGUCCUUUAUCUUCGCCGCGUGCCUCGCCGCCCUCAACUCCGGAUUCGCUCUUGGGAUGCCACAGCGAGACGAAGCUGGAACUAUGACCAAGCUUAGCUCCAGCCUCGACGACGCAGUCCACGACUGGGCCAAAGAUGGCGUGGAGGACUACUACGCCAUCGAGGUCGUCGACGGCGGCAAGAAGGUCUUACCCGUGGACGAGCAGUUCAAGGAGGUCGGCAACAAGGUCAAGGUCUCGGGUCUGAACACGGACGACAAGGAAAAGGUGCAGGGAUGGUUCGAGGAGCAGUUGCAGGCCAAUACAGAGGCCGGGGACAAGAGGGCUGCGGGGAGCAUCUUCGCGGCCCGAUCGUGCCCAGAGCACACUUAUCGUUGCACAUUUGACUGGGAGUGCGUUGGAACCGGCAGCACGAACUGCCAGGGCGCGUAUACGUGGAAGAAUCCAGCAGAUGGAAAGACCUAUAUGGUUGCUGGGCAUUGCUACUAG